AUGGAUAGUGAAAAUUUAAUUGAGUCUGCUAACUCUUCUAAGCCCAUGAGUAUCAGAUAAACAUGGGUUAGGUGGUUAGCAUUGUCACUAGCUUGCUUAAUUAUGAUUGGUUCAUAUAUGUGUUAUGAUUUCCCUUAAACAUUGUAAAGUUAAUUGUAAAAAGCUAAUAAUUAUUCUGAUACUUAGGUCAACUUACUAUAUUCAGUUUACUCUUUCCCUAACAUUAUUCUACCUUUAAUCGGAGGAUAUCUAAUUGACUUCAUUGGAAUUCGUAAAGGUGUGUUUGCAUUUACUUUUGUUUUGAUUAUUGGUUAAGCUUUGUGCAUGAUAAGUCAAAUUGAUUCUAUAAAAAGUUAUGCAUUAUUAGUUGUAGGAAGAGUAGUUUUCGGUUUAGGUGGUGAGAAUCUUAGUGUUACUUAAAGUACUAUUGUCAGCUAAUGGUUUAGUGGAAAAGAACUUUCUUUUGCUCUUGGGUUAAACAUCUCUGUCUCUCGUCUUGGUAGUGUUAUUGGAUAAUUCAUGUUCCCUGCACUAUAUAGCAGUAGCAAUUAAAUUUUUGUUCCUUUACUUGUCGGAACAAUAUUUUGUGCCUUCUCUUGGGGAUGCGGUAUUGGUUUAAAUAUUAUGGACAAACAUGCAGAUAAGCAGGAGGGAAAGAAAGAAGUUAAAUUAAGCGAAGAUGAUAAGAUAAAACUUUCUGACAUUAAGAAACUAGGAUUUGAUUAUUGGCUUAUUUGCAUAUCUUGUGUUUUGAAUUACGUUUGCUUCUUCCCUUUUAUGCAAGUUCUUUAAAAUUACCUUAUCAAUUAGUUUGGCAUGAACGAAGAUAAUGCUCCUAACUUCAUGAGUAUUCCUUACUUUAUGUCAGCUGCUUUAACCCCACUUAUUGGAUUACUUGUUGAUAGAAUUGGUAAAAGAGGAUAUCUUUUGAUUUGUGCAUCACUGAUCAUGGUAGUAGCUCAUUUCACAAUGCUUGUAGUACCAUAAUCUGAUACUGCUUCAGAUACUUCAUAUACCAGUUACUAUUUUAUUAUCCCCUUUAUAUUAUUUGGUAUUUUCUACUCUUUGUAUGCUGCUGUGCUCUGGCCUUGUAUUCCUUUGGUCUGUGAACCUAAGAUUGUUGGAACAGCUUUUGGUAUUACAAACUGUAUUCAAAACGGAGGCUUAGCUAUUGCCCCUCUAGUUACAGCUGCAAUUAUUUCAGGUACAUCUAGCAAAGAUAAUGGAUAUUUCUAUGAUUAAAUAUUCUUUAUCUGUGCUGGUAUACUUUGUGUUAUAAUUAACAUCUGUAUUUUCUUUGUAGAUAAAAGAAAAGGUGGUAGACUUAACAAAGGCUUUAGAGAGCUUAAUGCAGAAAGGGUCGAAGAAGAUGAUGAAGACUUAAAAAGAUUAGAACGUAACUCUAGAAAAAAAUCAAUUACUGCAAAAAGAUCAUUUGCAUUCUGA